AUGAGCAAAAGGUACAGUGUUCAUGAGGCUCUAGAUCACAUCUUUGCAAAUGAUGGUGUUCCUGAGGAUAGAGAAGAAAGUGAAGCUGAGGAGGAUGUGUCUGAGGAUGAGGAUGUCGUUGAAUAUGAUCCUGAACAAGAUCAAACAUCUGAUGAGGAGGAUCCAGAUGUCACAGAUGCUCAAGCAGAGGUUUUCAAGGCACUGGCAGAGAACAUCCUCAGAAAGACUCCAGGGCCUACUAGGUACGCUGUGUCACGCGCCCAAGACAUCAAGUCAGCUUUUGAAUUUGUACGACCUAUUCAGAAUAUCCUACUUGAGAUGACCAACAUGGAGGGGAGAAGAGUGUUUGGUGAUAGCUGGACGGAGAUGGACAAAACACAGCUAGAUGCAUACAUGGGAGUGUUGCUUCUUGCCGGGGUGUACAGAUCCUCUAAUGAAGCUACGGCCAGCUUAUGGGAUAGUGAGUCAGGACGCCCUAUUUUCCAUGCCACAAUGUCUCUUCAAGCCUUUCAUGUGUUAUCAAGAGUGGUACGUUUUGACAACAGGGAGACCAGAGUUGCUCGUCGUGAGAAUGACAAGCUUGCUCCCAUCAGGGAGGUUUGGGACAAAUGGGUAGAAAAUGUACCCAUCGUGUACAAUCCUGGGCCGGAGGUGACAGUGGAUGAACAGUUAGUCCCUUUCAGAGGCCGCUGCCCCUUUAGGCAGUACAUGCCAAUCAAACCUGGAAAAUAUGGGAUAAAAAUAUGGGCUGCAUGUGAUUCCAAAACGGCCUACGCAUGGAACAUGCAAAUAUAUACAGGAAAACCUGCCAGCGGAGUGCCAGAAAAGAACCAGGGCAAGCGGGUCGUCCUGGACAUGACCAAAGGUCUUCGGGGGCACAACAUAACUUGUGAUAUUUUUUUCACGUCAUAUGACCUUGCGCAAGAGCUUCUAAAGAGGAAGCUGACGAUGGUUGGAACAGUCAGGAAGAACAAACCUGAACUUCCCCCAGCUCUCCUUGGCAUGAAAGACAGGGCUCCACUGUCUUCGAAGUUCGCGUUCUCUGACAAAGCCACACUUGUGUCCUACCAUCCCAAAAAAAACAAGAAUGUUGUUGUGAUGUCCACUCUGCACAGGGAUGCCGGUGUGAGUAACAGGGAGGACAAGAAGCCAGACAUUAUUCUGGAUUACAACAAAAACAAAGGCGGCGUUGACAACCUGGACAAAGUCACAGGCACAUACACAUGCAAGCGGGGCACAAAAAGGUGGCCAAUGGUUGUAUUUUACAACAUGCUGGAUGUUUCGGCAUACAAUGCCUUCAUAAUCUGGACUGAAGUAGAUCCAGGAUGGAACAGUCGCAAAACCUUCAGGAGGAGGCUUUUUUUGGACGAGUUGGGCAGAUCUCUGGUGUCUUCCUACAUCGAGAGACGGAAGUUUUUCCCCCGGACUGAAGCGUCUCUUCCCGUGGUGAGGGAUAUCCAGCCAACACCCACAUCACCAUCCUGUGAUGGAAACCAGGAAGGAAGUCCCAAGACAAGCAAACGACAGAGGUGCCAGUCCUGCCCUGCCAAAAAGGACAGGAAGUCCAACACCACUUGCCACAAAUGCAAGAAACGCAUUUGCAAGGAGCACACUACAACCAUGACAUACUGUGAUUCAUGCAUUUGA